GCGGAGCCGAGCUUGCGACGGCGGCGCAGGAAACCCAUCGCGCUUUCCCAUCCUCGGCCACAAUUACCCAUCCUGCCCAUUUUGUCCACGGCUGACUUGUGAUUUCUUGACGCCUACCAGACUCCACCCCGCAAUGUGGCCCGCAACAACCUGCCUGUUCAUAGCAUGCUCCUUUUCCCCCCUCCAACAUCUGGCUUUGUCAUUGUUGACGCUCCCGUUAGCCCGUCACUUCGUCAUCUUGCUAUUGCUACCGCCGUUCUGACGACAUCCAGUCAUCCAGACUGCUUACAUACGCAGCGCAAAACACUCGCGGCACACAGAACAUCUACGGCUGGGACCCAGCCUUUGUCCAUGGGCAAGCAAACUCGGGCCACCUCCCUCCCUCGCCAUUGGCCGUCGCAUCUGCCCUAUCUGACCCAGCCCUCAUACGCCCCCGGGCUCUCCCGGUCCCAACGGGCCGCGCUCGCCACCCGGUCCUCCGAAGCCUCCCACUCCUGUCCCGGUUCUGGCUCCGAAGCUGCCGACAUCCCCGUGCAUCUGCCACGGGGGCCGUCGGCCAACGCCGUCGUUGUGCCUAUUUCUGACCCAAGCCACCCUGCCUGCCACCAGUCCGGUCUAUUUGCUGCCCGACACCUGCCUCCAGGCUCCUUCAUCCUCCCCUACUACGGGCUCGUGCACUCCGCGCUGCCACCUCACAGCCUCAAGCACGAAUCUUCUGACUACGACCUAUGGCUCGACCGCGAUGCGUCUGUGGCUAUCGAUGCCGCCCUCAUGGGCAACGAGGCUCGUUUCAUCAACGACUACCGUGGAGUCAAGGCCAAGCCCAAUGCUGAGUUCAGGGAGUGCUGGGAUGGCCGUUGCCGAGAGAAGUGCAUGGCAGUCUUUGUCCUCCCAUCAGGCAAAAACGCAAACCCAAAGAGUAAGGCAUCCGCCGGCAUAGCGAAGGGCGAGGAAAUACUCGUCAGCUAUGGCAAGGGCUUCUGGGGCAAGAGGAGCCAAGAGGCCGACGAGGCAUUCGCAGUAGGGGAGCAAUAACUAUGACUCUCCGGCGCCGGCCCACGGCGCGUAUACUUGAGGAGCCAACCCGUCGACCUUUGAACCAUCAUCCAGUCUUUUCAUGUCUAGUGUGAAAGACCAAGAAUAUUGUUCAGUGAGGGGUGUCCACUGUAGCGCUCAUAUGUAAAUGCCAGUGUGUUUCUCGAAUGUGGAUUGAGAAGGCAGAGCGAUGGCAAUUUGUCCUCCUCUUGGCGAUCGUUAUUGUGAAGCCUCGAAUCAAGAGGCCCAGGUUGCACAUAGACCUGGUCCUCGAAAGAAAAUAGAAUUUCGCAAAGGGUAACCUCAGUCUCUAGUUGUUCGCACGAGUCCUGGUUGUUCCAGCUCUGUACUCUUUCGCGUCCCGGUUGGAGGUUGCUGCGAGACGCAGGGCUGUAGACAUAAUCGGGCAUGGUUUUCUCUCAGUAGUAGCUGCGCCAGUGACCUCCUCUUUGCCUGGUCG